AUUGUAACUAAACUGAGAAAAAGAAGAGAGAGAAUCAUCCUUCCUUUUCCGAGAAAGAGGAAGAAAACGCCGAGAAAACACAGAAACCGAUUUCGCCAUCAUCCAUCAAAGAUCCACAAAUUCAUUCAUUCAUUCAGCAAUCCCAAUUCAUUAAUCUGCAAAAUGGGUUUUGGAUGUUGAAGCGGGGGAGGAUUGACAAUUUGCGAUGGAAAGGGAAAAUUGGAGAGAACACAUCAACAGCAAUAGCAAUGGGAAUUAUUACGAUAGGUUUGUGUGUGAUUACGACAACGGAGAACGAAGCCCUGCAAAGCCUUCUUCGCCUCCCAGACUUGGCUACAUCGAACACCAUGUUUCCAAAUUCGAUACCUUGGCCGGUGUCGCUAUCAAGUACGGUGUUGAGGUGGCAGACAUAAGAAAGAUGAAUAGCCUUGUUACAGACCAUCAAAUGUUUGCACUUAAAACUCUCCACAUUCCGCUACCUGCAAGGCAUCCUCCAUCUCCUUAUUUGUCAAAUGGUUCCAGUACUCCAGGACAUGGUAACUCGGAUCACAGUCCACUUAAUCAGGCACACCAUGAUCUGCUUGAUUCAUUCCAAUCCCUGAGAAUAAAGUCAUCAGAGCGGAAGGUCUCCCCAGCCAUGAACUCAUUACAGGGCUACUAUGGACUUAAGGGGACCCCAAGUCCCUCAGAAGAUGGUCCAUUCCCCAGAAACUUACCUAUGUCUGACCGACCUCUGAGUCAUCACCGGAAAUCCAGAAGUUUGGUCAAUGUAAUUUUGGAAGAAAUUAUGGAAAAAUCAGAUGAUGCACUGGCUGCAGAAACCAGGGAAGUUGGCUCCAAUAAAUGGAAUGACAAACUUGGCCUGAGACAUCAGAAAUCUGUAGCUGACUUUAUUAGGAUACCGGAGUUGCUUUUGAGGGAGGAUAAUAGCAGCAGUGGUGUUCUUCCAUCAAGAACAGGAAAGGGCUUAGCUCUGAGACAGAAAGCAGCUAACCGAACCACAGCAACAACUGAUUCUGAACCAAUUGGUUUGAAUCCUGCGGCGUUGGGCAUGGGGGAUGCUUCUCUAAUUGAUGGUUCAUCCGGGGUCAGGAAAUCAUCAAGCACUUCUUGUUUACAGGAUCAAGAUAACAGUGGCUCCUCGUCCAUUUGGCCAACCAAAAUGUGGAAUUUGAAACCAGACUUACAAGCCCUCUCAACUGCAGCCAUUGGAAAACCAAUCUUUGAUGGCUUUCCCAAGCCAAUAACUGGUCGGAAAAAUAAAGCUGCUCUUGAUUAAUGUAUAGAAAAUUUAUGAACACAGUUUUGACCCCGUUUGUCAGGUUAUGGAAUCAUUAGCCGCUACACCAGUGGGUAGAUUGGAGGAAGUAAGACAAUGUAGAAGGGACAUAAAAAAUCAAACAUCAUAUUUUAUUUCUCUUUGAAUAGGGGCAUUAUUUUUAUGCCAGAAAAUACUUCCAUUUAUUCAUUCUUUUUAAGAAAGUCUUGGCUGCCUAAUGGCCAUCUUUUUUAUAAAAAAAAAAUAGAAAAUACAGGAGUGGAAGGACCUGAUUUCUCCA